AUGGCCGCUGCCUCCGACAUUGUCCAAAAGCUUGCUGCUCUCUCUAUCAAGCCAGCGUCUACUGUUAGCCAUGCUGAGUCCAGCUCCCCGGCAACCUGGAAAGAGGCUGUGAUCGCCUCGGGAUCAGCACCAGCAUCCUUCGAACUCAUCAAAACUCGUUGCCAUUGGCAAGAAGCUCAGCUUGAAGGAACUGCAUCUGGCCUCGGAGGAUCUGCUCACGGAAUUUUUUUCAUUGGACAAAAAUUCACUGUCUCCUCUCUCUAUCACCAAGUCUACUUUCUCAAAGGUUGUCACCAUUCUAGACACAUCGAUCACGACUUCUUCUUCCACAUUGCUAUCCACGCCAACUCUUCCAGUCAAACUCUUUUCCUUUCCGGAAAAGACAUCGUGUCAUAUCUCAAGAGUCUCGAGACCGAUGACAAGAAGGUCCAAGAGAUUGAUUUCCAGAACGCUGCUGCUACCCCCCCAGCUCAGGCCGCGUCGGCUCAGAUCCCUGGUGCCGUUCAAAUCGCCAUCGGCGUAAAGAAAGAGGUCGACUUCCCUACAUGGUACACAAAUGUUCUGCUCAAGGCCGACAUGUUGGACUACUACAGCGUCAGUGGAUGCUACAUCUUGAAGUGGAUGGAUGCUCAAUUUGAGCAGUGGUAG